GAUGCCGGAUGCUGCUACAGAUCCGUCUGCGCUUGUAGCGGUUGCUAUAGCGAGUGCAUUUGCAUUUUCAGUGGCAGUCUAUGUGGCGGCUAAUAUCUCCGGUGGACAUGUGAACCCCGCGGUGACGUUUGGGAUGGCGGUUGGGAGGCAUAUUAGUGUUCCUAUGGCUAUUUUUUACUGGAUUUCGCAGUUGGUUGGUUCUGUAUUGGCUUGUCUUCUCUUGAAAGUUGCCACCGUCUCACAACAUGUACCCGUCCAUGGAAUCCCACAAGAAAUGACCGGGUUUGGAGCAUCCAUUUUGGAAGGUGUGAUGACUUUCACUUUGGUGUACACGGUGUAUGCAGUCGGGGACCCGAGACAUGGUCCAUUGGGAGCAAUUGGACCCUUAGCAAUCGGCUGCAUUUUAGGAGCCAAUGUAUUGUCAUCCGGGCCAUUUACAGGCGGGUCAAUGAACCCGGCCUACUCAUUCGGGUCUGCUCUUGUUGGAGGGAGUUUCAAGAACCAUGUAGUUUAUUGGGUCGGACCCUUAAUUGGUGCUGCACUUGCUGGUAUUUUAUAUGACUAUGUAGUGUUCCCGGUUCAAGUACCCGGCAUUGCAGAUGGACAUGGGGUUUAAAUAAAUUCAGGGAAAUGUUGCUAUUAUUGUUGUUUUUUUUUUUGGUUGGGAGGGGGUAACCUUUUCAUUUUGAUGAUUUGAUGUAUAUACUUUGAAAACAAAGUUGUUUUUUGACUUUCA